GUCCAGACUUGAGCGUAUCUUUCUCGAGUAUUUAAUAGCUCAACGGCACAAAAGGCAGCCAGCAGCGAGCCCCAAACACACAAGAGGAUUCAGCGUCGCGAAUCACGAUGGACAAUGACAACUCGGACAGUCUUGUCCUUCAGGACGGACGCAAACUCGGAUACACACAGUUCGGCUCUCCGACGGGGCGUGCAAUCUUUUUUGUGCAUGGCCACCCAGGAUCCCGCCUCGAGGGCGUCCAUCUCCACGACGUCGGCCUGAAAUUAGGGGCCCGAAUCAUCUGCGCAGACAGACCUGGGAUUGGAUUGAGCUCGCCACAGCCAGGCAGAACACUCCUUGAUUGCCCAAAGGAUCUGGAACAGCUGGCAGAUCAUCUCAAGCUGGAGAAAUAUGGUGUCCUGGGAGUGUCAGGAGGGGGUCCAUAUGCCCUCGCUUGCGCUUAUGCGUUACCCAAAGACAAGCUCAAGUGUGUUUCGAUCGUUUGUGGCCUCGGGCCCGUGUAUGAGAUUGGCAUGAAAGGUGCGCGUUGGCUGAACUGGAUUGGGUUCGCGUUUGGGUAUCGAUAUUGCCCAUCCUUCCUCAAUCGAUGGUUCUGGCAGUCGCAAACAUGUGGUCGCUUGGACCUGAGUGACGAGGAACGCUUUAAGCGGCACAUGAAAGAAUUCUCACAGCCAAGGUCGGCGGCCGACCAGAAAGACUUUGAAGUCAUGGCAAACGAAGUCAAUGCUCGGCGGUUCCUGCAGGCGUCUCGAGCAUCCUUCGCUCAAGGGUACGACGGUGCGUUACAAGACGGUAAGAUACUGAGCUCGCCCUUCGGCUUCCGCAUUGAGGACAUCCGUCCGGACCUGCCAGUGCAGCUGUGGUACGGGAAGCUGGAUGUCAACGUCCCACUCAAUCACGGGGAGACGAUAGCAAAGCGUCUCGGCGAGCGAGCAGUUCUUCGGGUGGAGGAUGAGACACACGCCAGCAUCUUUUUCAACUGGCGGGAACAGUUCCUCGGAGAUUUGGUACGGAGUAUUUGAGCGUGGAUCCGCCCUUCUGUAAUAUUAACGUCUAGAAACUCGCAUCUCAGCCAGGCUAAGAUCAAACUAGUCAGUGUACAUACAAUACAUCCCAGCUCCAGAGGUAUCGAAAGACAUGAC